AUGCAUGACAGAGUCAUAGGUCCCUUCAUUUUUGCCGAAAGGAAUAUCAAUGGUGAUGUCUAUUGUGACAUGUUAGAGGAGUAUGUUUAUCCUCAGUUGGAUGACAUUGAGGCGGAGAAAGGUUUAGUUUACUUCCAACAAGAUAGGGCGCCGCCACACUUCAGUUUGCGUGUGCGUGAGUCACUGGACGCUCGUUUGGGAAACAGGUGGAUUGGAAGGGAAGGACCUAUUCCAUGGUUACCAAGGAGCCCUGAUAUGACUCCGUUGGACUUUUUCUUCUGGGAGCAUAUCAAGAAUCUUGUUUGUACCUACGACCGAUUUGGGUUGAAGAGUUGUGCAGCCUGCCCGGACUCAUGCGAAAAUUUUGCUCACUGUCAGACUUGUUCAAGCAACGUGACAGAAGGGUGUAAGACUUGUCCAACAGGAAGAAAUGGGCAGUUCUGUGAAAAGACGGAUUCAGUCGGCUACGCCAUGGACGAGAAUUAUGAUCCUUUCCCUAUGUUCACCAGAAUAUCUCGCGCCAUCCGCGAUUUCGCAGUAGGUGUUUUCGAUCAAGACUCUGACGGUACAGAAGAAGAUCCUACUUCUUCUGAUGCUGUCUACAAGUCAGCAGCAAAGUCUGAAUCAGAAGAAACUAUGGAUAAUUCAAACAAAAACAUCGGUAAGGGCGAAAACGAAUUUGAUGAGCAUGAUUCACUGAGUUUCGGUAAAGAUGUCGUCGAAAUCAACACAGCGAAUAAUGAAGAAGGAAAUGACAUUCGUAAAAACGAUGGCGAUGAUCGCCCUCCUACCAUACCUCCUGUGGAAAAUAAUGAGAGCCCUGAGAAAAAUGUGGGAGAUAGGGACAGUGAAAAUGGUCAAAAGGAUACUUCAGUGAAUUUUGGGGUAAGCAUAAAGAAGGUCAAACUGGAAGAUAAUUCUGACAUUGAUAGGUAUUCCGAAGGCAAUGUUGAAUCUUUUGGUAAUGUUGAUACUAAAAAUGAUCUUCCUAAUGAUGACAAUGCAGAAGAAGGGCAUACAAAUAGUCAAGGAAAUUAUAAGGAAAAUGACUUCGUGACGGGUGAAAAUACAGAUGGCGAUCGUACGAUGGAUAAAACACUUGAUGCCAAGCUUGAUGACAAGAAUAUAGAUCAAAUUGCAAGCAGUGAUGAAACUAAGAGCAAAAGAGAAUCGGAUGUUGAUCUUCAAAAUAACAACAGCGAAAAAAUGAUAUUUGACUCAAAAGUUAACGAUACUCAAAGCAGCUCUCAAAUCGAUUUGGAAACGACCACUGCAAACGAAGAACUUGGUCAGAAAACAUCUAUGAAGCCCACGCGUAGGCCUGGGAAGCCGAAAAGACGUCCUAAAGCUUCACGAAGAAAAUCUAAAGUUAACAAAUUGGUUACCCUACCAUCAACAAUAGGUGUUGAAGAAUUAAACACGACAAACACAACUGGUGAAUCAUCGAGCCUUUUCGAAGCAAAUGAAAGUUCGGGAAACAACGUUUCAAGCCCUGAGCAAGCUUUUUCAACGAUCGAAACCGAUGCCUCAACAAAUCUUUCAGCUCCGGAUACAACUACUUCAACUUCAGAAACAAAUGAAAAAAUUACAAAAUUACCAGAAAGUUACUCAAAUGACGUUUCUACAAGUUACGGUGAUACAACAGCCGAUCUCUACGAAGCGCAAACAGAUGAAAUAGAAGAAAUACCAUUGACAGAAAAACCUUCACCUGAAGAAACCUUCGAUACGUCUUUUCAUAACAAUGGCAUAACUCAGGAGGUCACAAAAUUGGAUUUUGAAAUCAAAAAUGCGUCUCUUCCUCCAACCAAAGAAGAAGGCUCUAUAUCUAUGAAACAAAUUAGCGAUAAAAAAUCACAGCAAUCGAGCAGAAAAUACAAGACAGAAUCUACAAGCAGUACCAGUAAUCAAAAUACUGAUGAUCCAUUUCCUUGGAAUGUGAAGUUCAACUAUUUUAUGUUUAAAUCUGUGUUCGAUGAUUUAAAAAACGCAAAAGAAGAAGAUUUUCAAAAAUUAUUAACUGAAUGUACUCAUACAAUAUUACCUACUUUCAAUGACUACAUAUUACAGUACGUUUCUGGUGAGAAGAUGCCAGAAGAAGCAAAUUCUGAGAGCAAAUCAAGAACCAUCCAAAGAAUUCUGGACAAUACAAGCAAUAACUCUUUAACAGAAACUGAAUUGCAGUACAAGACUCUUUUGCAACAGUGCAGGCAGUUAAAGGAUGGUAUUAAUGGAUAUACUGGAAAACAAUCCAACUUUUCAACGAUACAGGACGAAGUUGCGAAGAUUAUGUCUACCAGUGAAAUGUAUGUCACUACUUCAGGAAGCAGAAAAAUGGAACUUACCACAGUUGAUGCCUCAAAAAUAGAAUCUAACCCAAUAAUAAGUGCAAGAACAGUAGAUCAACAUGGAAUUAGCACAACAGAUGGUGCUAGUGACUUUUCAACAAGUUACAAGUCGCUGAUAUCGAAAGAAUCAGGCCUUGUGCAAAAUACUGAAAAUACAGGAAUCACAAAAUCAACUGUAAAUGAAGAACGUGGUACUUCAUCAAUCCCUGAUAAUUCUGCCGUUGAUUCAGAUUGGUCCGAUCAAGGAAUAUCGCAUCUCCGUGAAAAGCAGCAACAAGAACUAAAGCAUCAAGAAGUGGAGGAAAUUCACCAAAAUGAAAUCCAUGACAGAAGUUUUUAUCAGGCAAUCCGACACAACAGUUACGAAUCAGAAGAACAACCAUCGUUAUCAAACUAUAAAACACCCGACACUGAACUGAAGAAGUUGGAAAAUCAUACUUCGGAUUCAACCGCAUUUUUAGAAAGGAUUGACGUUACAACAAGUACGCGAAGUUUUGAAACAGGGCAACGUGUUUCAAAAACUGACCCAAAACCAGAAUUGCGGACUUCGAAUACAAAUCAGGAGGAAUUAACUAAAACUAAUAAAGUGACCAAAUCGGAUGAAUCAGGUGAGUUGCAAUCGGAUGAUAAGAAAGACUACAAGCAAAAUGAACUUGUGUCACGUUCAGACAGCAAUGAGGAAAACACAACCCCAUUUAAGUCAGACACAACAAAAGAGCCUGAAAGUAGAAAUUCGGAAGAAAUUUCUGAAACUGCUACCGUUGAAGGUGAAAUAGGUCACUUGGAUCGCGAGGAAAAUUUUUGGAAAAGGGAUCUUCGUCGCAGUGUUGGAAAAAGGAAACUGCUUGAGUAUGCAUUGAGUGCAAAUGAUAUGCCGGUUGCAGAACAGGAAAGAGAUUUUGAAAUACAAUCACUCCAUGAAGACAAUGAAGCAAAGAAACACAUUGAAAUGACAGACACUGAUUCUUCCGAAGAAACAGAACAAGAUAUGCUAAUACCAGUCUCAUUAAAGAACUUAUUACUAAAUUUAAAACAGUUUAAAACUGAAAGUGGAGAAUCUACUGAGAAGCUUGGAAACCUAUUUCAUGCAAUGCUGCUUAAGAAUAAGCUUGCUGAUAAUUACAAAACCAGAUUGUUUGAAAAUCACAAUGAAGAAAAAGAUUAUGACGAUGAUGUUAAAAUUGAAGAAUCAGAAGAAGAUUACGAUUACGAGCACUAUCUCAACCACAUGUAUCCGCAUGACGAUAUUCCUCCAAUGGAAAAUACAAAACCUUAUGAAGAUGAUGGAUAUCCUUCGGAAGGACAUUCAAGUGAGCAUUUCCGCAACAAGCGCUUCAUGUUCGGCUUGCCUUACAACAAUUGGUGCGCAGUACCCACGAUGAAAAGGCACGGGAACCUCAUUUGUUUGGUUUGGGCAGGGAAGAAGCAGUGCACUCUGACUUGCCACGAAGGAUAUCGUGUGGAGGGAGAAAAAUUCAAAGUUUUUACGUGUAUGAUGCCAAACGGAAUAUGGACAGAGUCAAUGACAUGCGAGCGUGAAACAGGUGGAGGAACUCCUCAGCAAUCAACGGAAAACUUAGGAGACAAUGAUGACAACAAUGUAAAGAAAUCAGUGAAUCAAAACAAAGUUCGAGAACCAGAUGAAGACAACUUCUCAAAUCUCUCAGGUGAUGAGAAAGCAAACGAACCCAAAACUGAAGUUGAUGACAAACUUGGGGAUACUGCCCCAUCUGACAACGAUUUCGAAGACAGCAGCAACGAUCAGUUGAAGAGCGUUGAAUAUCGGUCUGUAGAAAAGCAAAAAAGCAACGAAAAUGGUAAAAAUGAUGACGGAAGUGAGAGGGAGUUCGAGAUAACACAAAACAUGAGCAGCGAUCAUUCCAACUCGGAAUUUGCCGACGCUUCUGGCGUCAGGUUUGAUUCGCUAGUGUUUGACGAAGGAAAGGAUGAAAAGAACAGGUUAAAUUAUUCUGAUACAAUUUCUGAAGAUGCUAAUGACGAUAGAGACAUCAAAACAGACGUAAAUGAGCAAAUGAGUGCUGACACAGCCAGCAAGAACAACGAAAGUUCAACAAAGGAGGAAAACUUUGAGAAUAAGGAAGAAGUCAUUGAGAAUUCAGAUUCUGUUAAAAGCUCGUUAGAGUAA